AUGGACAAGUGCAAUCCAAUUCACAACCCUAUGGUUCUUGGAUUCAAGCUUACGAAAAAUGGAAAUGGAGUGAGGAUUGACAAUACUUUCUAUAGGAAGAUUGUGGGAAGUCUUAUGUAUUUGACUGCCACUCGAUCGGAUGUUAUGUUUGUGGUGAGUCUCAUCAACAAAUUCAUGGACUGCCUUACCAAACUUCAUUUGCAAUUAGCAAAGAGGAUACUAAGGUACUUAAAAGGUACCAUUGAUUUUGGUGUGUUCUACAAGAAGGGAGGAAAUGAGGAACUGAUUGCCUACACAAAUAGUGAUUAUGUUAGGGAUUUAAACGAUAGGAAAAGCACUUCAGGUUAUGUGUUUAUGUUGGGCUCAGGAGCAAUGUCUUGGUCCUCAAAGAAACAACCUAUGGUCUCCUUGUCCACUACUGAACCUGAGUUUCUUGUUGCAACUUCAUUUGCCUAUCAAGCAAUAUGGUUAAGAAGGAUAUUGGAAGGUCUCAACCAUGAUCAACAUGAUUCUACAACAGUUUAUUGUGAUAACAAUUGA